GCUAGUCGGGUUGCCCAGGUCACGUUUUUGGUUGCACGUACACCAAAACACAAGCACAGUUGUCUACUCUAUUACAGUUAAGAUUCGUCCUUCAAGGUCAAGAUGUCUGCACCGACCGUGGAGCUUCCGUCAGGUCAGAAGAUGCCUGUGGUCGGUCUCGGCACGUCUCAGUCAAGACCAACAGAGGUAGCCGAAGCCGUGAAAGCUGCCAUCGACGCCGGCUACAGGCACAUCGACUGCGCCUUCAAGUACGGGAACGAGCCGGAGAUAGGCGCUGGGCUGAAGGUCAAGUUCGAGGAAGGGGUGGUCAAGAGAGAAGACAUGUUCAUCACUAGUAAACUGUGGAACACCUUCCACCACCCAGAUGACGUCAGAGGCGCUGUAGAGAGGAGCCUAAGGAGCCUGGGGCUAGACUACCUGGAUCUCUACCUCAUCCACUGGCCAAUGGCGUUCAAGAGAGGAGACGCAGUAUUCCCGGAAGAUGCCGAGGGGAAAAUGAUGUGGGACGACACCCCCUUUACAGACACAUGGAAGGCCCUUGAAGCUUGUGUAGAAGCUGGACUGCUAAAGAACAUCGGGCUGUCCAACUUCAACAGUAAACAGAUCCAGGCUGUCAUCGAUGUCGCCAAGGUCAAACCUGCUGUCAUACAGGUGGAGUGCCAUCCUUACCUGAACCAGAAACAGCUGCUACAGUUUUCCCAAGAGAAGGGUUUGGUGUUUACGGCCUACAGUCCGCUGUGCCACCCUAACAGACCGUCCACCAAGCCCAGAGACCCCUCCAUCAUGGAGGACCCCAAACUUAAGCCGAUCGCAGACAAAUAUGGCAAGUCUGUGGCUCAGGUCGUACUGAGGUGGGGAGUCCAGCGCGGUGCUGUGGUCAUCCCGAAAAGCGUCACGCCGGCGAGGAUCCAACAGAACAUCCGGCUGUUCGACUUCGCGCUGACGUCAGAAGAAAUGGCGACCCUGGAUGGACUCGACGUCCCGUUCCGGAUUGUUCACCUGGACUGGGUCCAUCACGUGCCGGAGUGGCCGUUCCACGAGCCUUUCUGACGCCCCUGUUCCCGACCACAUGCCCGUA